AUGGCCGGAAGUACGGAGCAUGUAAUAUCCGUGGAGGAGUUGCUGUCGAGAAAGAUUAAUUUUGUCGCAACAGAAGCUGGUGAAACAAGCAGGGGCCGUGACAUUUCCGGCCUGCAGAUGCGGACCAUUGAACUCCAAGAUGAGGAAGCCUGCGAGCUGAAAAAAGAGUUUGAGAAACUGAGGGAAGCAGGAGAUCAUCUCAGCCUUAAUUCGCCAAAUGGAGGUCAAAGGGCUAUACCAAAAAUACAAAAGGUUCCGCUGUUGCUGCGAGAUCAUCAGCAUUUCGCCAAGUAUUUUGAGCCAAGGAUUGUAGCACUCGGUCCUAUCCAUCAUGGUACGGAAAAAUACCAGCCAGCAGAGAAGUACAAGCUUAUAAUGACAAACUGCUUCGUCAAGGAAAGUGGUAAAGAUGAUGAGGUUUUGUACAACGUAGUUAAGAAAAACAUAAAGCAACUGAGGCAGUGUUUCCAGCAGGAGGUGACCAAGAAUUAUAGCGAUCAGGCCCUAGCCUGGAUGCUGUUUGUGGACGGGUGUGCAAUAUUACAGUCCAUGCAUUGUGCUGCUACCAGUGCAUGCAAAGAUUGGAAAAUGAAAUACGAUCUGAUGGCCUUUGGGACACAAGAUUUGUUCUUGUUGGAGAAUCAACUUCCUUAUCAACUCCUCCAAGAUUUGAUGGAUUCCAGCGCAAAUAAAGGUGAAUUGGAGAAAUCCAUCACAAAAUUCAUGUAUUCACAGAUAAUAUUGGACGGUAAGGCGAAGCCGAGCAUGGAUAAAUUAGGGAUUACGGAAACUCCGAUCCAUCUUCUCGAUCGCCUCCGGACGCUAAUGAUCAUAAGCAAAUCCAGAAGUAGUACUCCUGGCGAAGAUAAAGGAAGGGAAGACAAAAUUAAAGAAGAGCAAGACGGCGCUGCUCCCCCGACAAGGAAGAGCAAGACGGAAAUCAUGCCCAUGGAGUCGUACUCGUAUCGCAACGUGGUGGAACUUAGAUCAGCAGGAAUCCAUGUGAAGCCAAGUGAUGCAGAUCUCUUGACAACAAUAACUUUUAAGAAGCCAAACCAUAUCUUCUCGACUGCAAAGCUCAUCCUUUCUCCAAUAAAGGUUGAUGACUCAAUGGGGCCCAAGUUCUUGAACUUGAUAGCCUACGAGAUGUGUCCGGAUUUCUACAACAAGUUGGAGAUCACCUCGUACAUAUUAUUCCUGGAUUCACUCAUUGAUAACAUCCAUGACGUAACGAGGUUGAGGAAUGAGGGAGUACUCACGAACCACCUUGGCAGCGACGAAGAAGUGGCUCGACUCUUUAAUGAGAUUGGCACCGACUUGGUUCCUGACCCCGAAGCAUAUCGGGAAGUCAGAAAUGACAUUCAGACAUACUACAACAGUAAGUUGAAUAAAUGGAUUGCUGAAGCCCGUCAUGAACAUUGCAGAACUCCCUGGACGGUUCUGGCUGUUUCGGCCGCCAUAUUAAUACUCGGCCUAACUUUCUUACAGACUUGGUUCGCAUUCAAAGACGACGUAGGUAACUCCCGACCCCGAGUUCGGCCCUAG